ACUGGUCACAUUGGGGGAGCACCAAAAUGUAUUUUUGUUUGUUAUUCAAUUGAGUUGACCUGCUUGAAACGAUCCAGAAUACAGAAACUAUCUCUCGCUCCGGCUAUUUUAACAGACUCUGUACCUAGAUUGUGUCGCGAGGAUCGCAUCCCGGGCCAUGGCUUCCGAGCCGAGAUCCCUAAUUCUGCAAUUGGACGACGACUGUCUGGCCGAGAUUUUCGAUCGCUUGCAGGACCUGCCGUCGGAAGUGUCCUUCGCGAGGACUUGCCGGCGAGUGCAGUACAUAUGUCUGAGCAAGUGGCGCACCAGCCAUGCCUACGAGCAACUGGAUCUGGAGAAGUGGCGGGUACUGUUGCCCAAUCAUGAAGACCUGGUCUACUUCCUAACCCAAAUGCGUCCGUACAUCAGAGAAAUGGGCGGCAGCAGCUGUCUGUGCUCCAUUCUAAAAGAUCUGGACGAAAUGCACAUUGCAGAGCUGCCCAUGGUGACCAGCUUCUACUACGACCCAGACGGCGUCGAUUGCUAUCCCACGAACCGAAGCAUCCGCAAGCUGGCCCGCCUGCUGCCGGGCUUGAAAAAGUUGCGCCUUACCACACCCAUCGACGGGCGGUACCUAUCCAACUUCCAGCACCUGCAGGAGCUGCACCUCUACGAGGACCAGCACAAGGCGUUUGAGCUGCAGCAGAAGUACCUGGACGAGGUGUGCCGCACGCUGCACGAUCUUCGGGUCCUGGACAUUAGGACGUACGAUAUGAUCAGUAAACUUCAGCUGGGAAACUGCCUGCAGAGCUUUAAGAACCUCACUGAUCUUAAGCUCAAUCUGGCCACCUUGAAACCCAUUCUACCCGCCGUUCUGGAGCUGCCCUCCCUCAGGAAACUGGUGGUGCUGCUGGACAACGAGUGGCAUAUCCCCCCGCUGGUCAGUCCGGAUAGCUAUGACCACAAGAUCCGCGAGGUCAGCGAGUUCUACGAGAUCAUGGCUUUCAAGGCCAAGGACAUCGUCGGCUUUGCCGUGGACGGGUACUAUAUGCCCCUUGAACCGGGCUGGGAUGAGAAGCUGCCCAUCUGGACGCAUCGCAGGCUGAAGCGCCUGGCCAUUUGCAGCUGGACUCAUUCGGCAGACUACCUAAAGCGCUAUACCUGUAUGACAGAGCUGCAGCUGCUCUGCGUGCGCAACUGGAAUGACCUAAGCGACGAAAUCCUCUUAGAAUUCGUGGAACUCUGUCCACGAUUGGAACACCUCGACGUGUCCUACUGCCGAAAUCUGACGCCAACAUUUUUGCCACGGGCCUUGAGUAUUCUUAAGCGGCGGGAGCCGUUCAAGCAGAAGACGGGAGUUGGACGUUCGCCACCUCUGAAGCUCUACUACGACCUAAGUGGCUUUGAGGACUUUGUGGAUAGAGCGAACCUAAAGAGCUCUUUGGAAUAUAGAGGAUAUAUUGUCUUCACCGCCGACUUUCCAGUCGACUCGGAACGCGGUCUGAGCUUUGUGGACCGCGGAUACCAAUUUGAAUUUCACUGACCUCAAAAUAUGUAAAUAUACAAGCGUAGAUUCAUACAAUAAUUUAUUAUUAAAAUUUAUGUUGCACAAAGU